AUGGCGUCGCCUGCACCACGAAAAACGCACAGAUACGCUACGCCGCGUCAAUCAGUGACGCCGCCUAGACAGCGCCGCAUGGUCAGUGCACGCCCUGCCGGCACACCUUCUAGGCGAACUGAGGAUAUCGCUGUGGUACAAGACGUCAUGGACGUCGACGACGUGCAAAUGUAUAAUGAACGUGUACUAGGAUCAGGGAGGGAGACUCUCUACGCGCGCACGGACGAGAUCAGUGUUGCUUUUCAUGCUGCACUCCCGUUUGAAGUCAGGCGCGAGUUAAAGGGUGCUGAUUUCUAUUCUCAAUCUUGGACAGGUGCAGUUGAUGCCAUCACGGGGUACGCCCUUGCCGCGUCCUCGAACACUUGUUUCGUCUGGCAUCACACCAAACCGACUACAUGCUACAUCCUCCCUUGUCCACCUUCCUCUCAAGAUUAUGCGCAACCUCCAUCUGCACCAUUCCACGCUCUAGUCCCCUCUAGGUCACGUUCAGAACCUGGUCUUGUCCUUCUCUCCAUCCGCGGUGACAUCCGUUUCUGGGACAGCAUAACCAGCGGUCUAGCAGGCGGGGGCAGUUUCGAAAGCAUCAAUCUUGAGCUCGGAGAGGGAGAAUAUACGUCUGGACUGCUUAGGAUUGACGGUCAAAUCUACAUUGCAUCUACCUCGCAUGGACGUCUAUUUAGACUCACGCUCACAUCUCAAAGCGGGCGGCAUACGCUCUCAGCAAGGCUUUUUGCACCGCCGCCUGCACCUGGGCUCUCUCUUGCGCGUCUCCUCUGGUCCACGCCUGCUCCCCAGCCUACACUAGGGAAUAUAUCUGCUCUUGCUCUUGGUUUUGGUAGUGGCGAGGUUGGAAGGGGUAUGGUAGCAGAUAAGGAAUUAUGGACGCUCAGCGAGACCCGCGUGCAGAGGUGGAGCUUGAAUAAGGAGGUGUUACUGGGUGAAGUGGAUGUCCGAGAGGCAGUGGGGAACGUGGAGGAUCUGGAGGGUGUCGAUUUGGGCGUGGAGAGCGAUGGGACACUCGUUGUUCUGGUCUCAUACGCCGGGUCCGAGCAAGAGACAGCUGCGAUGGCGCUUGACCAGUACGGUGGGUUUGGUAUGGGCGCACCGGUACCGAGAAGGAUAUAUGCGCUUGUUAGACUUAGUGCUAGCACGAAGCGGGGUGAGGUGGCGAAGUUUGAGGGAGGAGGUGGAGAUGGAGGUGUGAUAGAGGGCAUAGGUGGAGGCAUGAAGAUAGAUGGUGUCACGGGGGUGCUAUAUGCUACGACAGCCGCGUCGGCGCCCUUACAUCCUCGUCUGACACUCCUCGGGGGAGGUGCAGUCGUAGCGAUCAGAUUCGUAGAUGUGGUCGUAUUUUGUGCUCGGGACUCUCCCUACCAGGAUCGCCUUACCCUGAAAGCCCCCAACACAGAUCAGAUACUCGGACUCGGUGUGCUUACAACAUUCCAAUCCUCAGUGCACUCGUUUUCUGCAGAACAGGAACAAGGGGAAGGAGCAGGACCCGAGGACAUGCUCAUACUAACAGCCGGCGUGCUCAUGCGUGCUCGUGUGGAUUUAGGGAGGGUCAAAUCAUUCGAUGAGGCAACCGGCCGCGCGAUCCUCAUAAGAGCACUCCUCACACAAGCCAUACUUUACGGAAGCAACCCCGAUAACCCCCUACAUUUCUCGUUUCCGCCCGAGGUUGAUGCCGAGGCGCUCAUGACAGGUGCAGAGGGCUACUACAAAGACGCUGAUUUCUUCUGUGAUGAUUUCGGUCGGUUAUUUUCAUUAUUGGCGCGACACCUUUAUUCCAACCGGAAAGACCCAGAGAUCAUCCGACCAAAUCAUGACCUCACCUCUCAACUGACCUCUCGAAAAGAUAGGCUCAGCUGGCUCAUACGUUUCAUCAAUGACAAUGCAGCACUCGGAAAGAUGUCGCAGCGCAGCCGCCAGCGUCUUGCUACAGAUGCGGAAAAACUUUAUGCAUGUCAUCAGCUUUGGUUGAAGAUGAAUGAACAUUUAGACGCUGGGGCCUCCCACUCCCUCGUCACUGAUGCUAUUCACACAUUCACAGCCGCCCACCCUCUUUUACACCCAUCCGCUUCGCACGAUGUUGUCCGAGAUUUCUUCAGGUAUAGAGUAGCGGAGAUUGGCCGGCUGAUUCCGUUCAUGGUGGAACGGGUUGAGAGGGCUGGAGAAGGUGCCAUGAGAGAGGUUGGAGGUGCUGUUGUUACGAUUCUGCAAGCAGCGCUCUCGUAUAGAGCGUAUAAUCUUGCCGUGUAUGGCAUCGAACUGCCUAUGAUCAAGCCGUGGACGAGCCGCCCGAGUGCCAUCGAUGGUGUGUUAAAGCUUGUCGAUGCAGCCACGAGGUUCGCGCUUGACCCGAGCAAAGCAAACACUAAAAGCGCAUCGAGGGAGCUUCUCCCAGAGCUUGCGACAAUGUUUUUCGCAUCAGCAGACGAACCUGGUUCCGAGAGGGACCACAUAGAGCUCAAAGAACGCUUCGAUCAACUCCGCCCCGAGAUCCUCGAAACUCUUCGUCUGACCUCUUACCUCCCAAACGCUCUCACGCUCGCCGCAUCACACGCCGACUUCCGCUCUCUCGCUGCGCUAUUACACCAAGACACCGUCUACCCGCCCUCUUCCAAUCCGCACGCGCGCACGAUCGAAGACUAUGUCGACCGCUUUGGCGGAAUGUUUGCGAGGGAGGUUGUGCGAUGGUGUAUGGUGCAUGGGGAAGCGAGGGUGGUAUUUGCGAUGGAGGAGAGUGGGAGGGGAGAGUGGGGAAAGUAUAUGGAUGAGUACUGGGCGGAGGAGGAAGGUGAGGGAGGCAAAUGCGAUGCGGUGGCGUGGUUGAGGGAUUUGGGGCAGGGGCGGUGGAGUGUUGCUGGCACAAGAUUGUUUAGAGAGGCGAAGGGCGCUGGGGAUGUAGGUGUUAAGCAUUUUAUGCUUAGCGUAGGCAAGCUUGCGCAUUUGGCGCAGAUGCAGGAGGCUGGGGAUGCGGACGAUGCUGUAUUGGAUGCAUUCCAUGAUAGCCUGGAUUUUAUAUCGGUGCAGGAGAAAAUUCUUCAGGAGUUCCGGGAAGCUGUCAGCAGUUUGCGGGGCAAACAAAAACAGAGCCUGGACGCGCAAGUGGACGCGGUAAUAAGGGCGAAAGGUACCAGACUGAAGGGAGACCGGAGGCACGGGCUGCUUGGGAUAAUGAAGAUUUUUGUGAGGCAAGUGCUUCAGGGCAAGGCGCUCAGCUUGGAAGAUGCGGCGGACGUGCUCACACUGCAAGACAAUGCGGAGGGCGUGGAAAACUAUGCUACUGCGCUGCACUUACUCGCGCAUGCCGAGGAUAUUCCAGACGCGAGGAGACAAUCCUCAUUCAAAAGAGUGUGGUGUAGAAUAUACAAUCACGAUGACUGGGACUCCAUUCGCGAAACUGCCAACAUCACUGACGCCCAACUAACCUCCCGCUUCCGUGCAACCGCGCUUUAUACCACGUUCAACGUUAUUCUACCCUCACCCCAAUUAUCUCAAAUACCAGGUGUCGACCUUGACACGAAGGAAUGCUUGUCAGUGCCUUUGAUGCCCGAGAUCAAGUCGCGUUUCCCAGGCAUACAGGAGGACAUGGUGGGUGACUUGGCGAGAGAUUACAGAGCCGAGAGCUCAGGAGUCGAAGGACUGAGACUGGGAGACGUGUAUCAUCGUGUCAGGGAACUGGUGAUGCUGGACCUGGGGUACGCAAGAGAGGGAUAG